AUGGAUUCAGACGGAUCUUCAAACGGCCCUGAUGAGGGUGAUGAGCCCAUUCUUUCUGGCGGACAAGCCGACGAUUCUCAAGCCGGCGAAAGCGCCGAUAGCGAUGAAUAUGGCCUCCCCGAGUACGAUGAGCGUCGCCGCCGCGAGGUAGACUCGGACGACAGCAUCUACGAGCCAGAGCCAACAGACGAGGAGGACGAGGACGGUAAUCCGCUGUCAGACCUGGAACCCGAGCCGGGGGUGGGCUUGCCCUUCAGGUCCGUCAAGCCCGAGGCUGGCGAAGAUCCCAUCUCGCUGGCUCGCAUUCCAGCGUCCAGUCCGCCCUGGCAUCCCUUUAAGCGCCCGGCCGACUCUUCGGCCAUUGAUCUCCGCCCCUUCAAGCGGACAAGGGGGGAUUUCAACCGCGGCUAUCUCGACCUACUCAACAUCGACAUCGAGGACGCCGCAGCCCACUACGUGCCUCAUGAUGGACCGGAACUCCCCUCCUCCCAAAUCGGGCUCACCAUCUGGACGCCGCUCGAGAAAGAAAUGUUCUUCGAGGCUCUGUCCAGGCUAGGCAGGGACGGCGUCCCGGGGAUAUCCCGGCGAAUCGGAUCCAAGAGCGAUUUGGAGGUCCAGCAGUACCUGCGAGUCCUGGACGACGCUAUCGCCGCGAGGAAACAGAGCGGGAACCUCGAGCCGUCGUACCCUGUCGACUUCCCCGCCGCCGUGGAGAUCAGCCCCAAGUGCUGCAAACUCCUGGAGGGCGCCGCGGAUGUGAUCUCGCUGAGGCAGGAGCAGCACGAGGAAGCGCGCGAGGAGGAGAGGUGGGGCAAGGGCUGGCUCGUUACCCCCUUCAACUACAGGGACAUUGAGGCGACCAGGUCGGCUGGGAUGCCGUCCGUCCAGCUGUUCAGGGUGGCCUCGUGGUUGCGGCUGUCUGAGCGGGUCUUCAUGAACGCGUCGUACCCCGAAAAUAACUGGCAGCACGUCUCGGAGGACAACCCGUCCAUCCGAGCUACGGCCCUUGAAGAUUUCUACUCCCUCGCGGUUUCCAUUACGAGGCGUCUUGUUUCCGCCACUAUCUACGUCAGCACGUCACGUAUUCGGGCGAAGCAGUCUGUCUAUCCCGAGACGAGGGGUCUGGUCUGGCCGAAGGAUGUCGAGGCUGCUGCAUUGUCCAUCGGUCUAAAGACCAACAGUAAGAAGUUUUGGGCUGGCUGUGCAAGACGACUGAGACUGGCUGUGUUCGAUGACGACGACGACGACGACGCCGAUGACGAUGUCGAAGCCGAGCAUGGCGACAAGGCUCGGGGCAUCCUAUCCUUCGAUGAAGUGGAGGCAGCCCUCGGCGGGCAUGACAGCAUGCCAGAAGCCGAGCCGGUAGACGAAGAAUCGGACGAGCUCAUGUCCCUAUCGGAAACGCCCUCCCUCGACGACCUUUCCGACCUCGAGGCAGAGGAAGAUGCCGGCCCCGCAGUCACGCCCGACAUCGAGCUCCCAGACGAGCAGUAUGCCGAGGUCGACGAGGACGAGGUGCGCGCCGAGUCGAGGGAGCUGCUGCUGCACACGGCCUUUGACCACCCGCGGACGACGCGGACCAGGGAGGCGCUGGAGUCGCGCAUCGCCGCCGAGCUCAGGCACGUCGCGCACGCGGACACGAUGGACGCCCGCGCCACCUACUUGGAGGAGAAGCGGCUGUGGAACGUGCUCGGGCGCGCAGCCCCCGACGAGCUCGUCAGGGUCGAGCAGCCCGCCGCCCCGCCGAGGCUGUCGCACACCGUCAACGACUUGUGCCCGGCCGGGGAGGACGGUAGGACUGGAGGGCGAGGUUGA